AUAAGCAAGCAGUGUUUGUUUGUUGUGGAUUUUAAUGGAGAUUUUUUUAAGAUUUGAUUUAGUUUAAAAUAGGCCAACAUUCAAGUUAAUAAUGAAUUUGCCUCCGGUAACAAGUCGUGCAUUUAUAGCGAUGCAAAAUCUAAAUAUAUCUGAGUUGGCUGCUAUAAACGAUGAAAGAGAAAUUAGACCAUUUUUACCAUCACUUGUUCGAAUGAGCCUCCUCUCACCGCUCGACACAACACAAUCAUCAAUGGAAUCGCGUAAACAAAUUCUGGCUUUAUUAGUUGGAAUAGAAGUUGUUAAUAAUAUCGUAGCACUUUUACAAGUUAAUUAUCACGAAUUAGAAGUUGAUGUUAAAAAGGAGCAGCAAUUAAGACAGAAAAUUGGUACUGGUCAACCGCAAGAUAGUGCACAGUUUCAUGGUUUGCAAAACGGAAUUGCACUAGGAUUUGAACGAGCAGAUGUAACAAGAAAAGUUCGUGUCGUCUUAUCCGAAUUAUUUUAUAUUCAAACUUUAGUUAAUGAAAUGAACGCUUUGAAUGGAAACAAUUUGAACAGUGGAACUGGUAGUUCACAAUCUCGUCAAAAUGAAAACUUGAUAAAACAGUCAGAAUUGUUUGAUAAUGAAAUAUAUUUAGAAGAAAUAACUGAUAUAAUUUGUAUAGCCUUAGCUGAAUUGCCGUCAUUAUUGAAUGUGCAGGAAUUAGUAGAAACAUUACUUUAUGUUAAUAAUGGACCAUCAAUUAUAUGUUGGGUAGUUGCUAAUGUUCCCGAUAGCUAUAAAGAUGUUGUUUAUUCUUUGGUAUCAACCGCUGAUGAAGAUACACCUGACGGAAAAUUAAAAUUAUCCGUAUUGUAUGCUCUUAGCGAAAUUAAUCCCGGGCAAGCAUUAGCUACAAGAUCAUUGUGUGUAGAUCUGAUGAAAAUGCCCUCAUUAAUGAUAAAAUUAAGUUUAAAAGAUUCACAAGAUUUGAUUGCUUUUACUUCUGGUCUGCUAUUAGGUAAUGAUCAAAAUGUGCGUUCAUGGUUUGCACUUUUUAUACGAACCAACCAAAAACGUAAAGGGGAUGCACUUCAACAAUUUCGUGAAGAAUUACUUAAACAAUUGCAAAGUCUUGUACAACAAUCCCAUAACUCUAAAAUUCCCGAACAAUCGACAGUACAAGCUGUAGCAAUAUUAAGACUUUAUUGUGCACUAAAAGGAAUAGCGGGAAUCAAAUUUACAGAUGAAGAAUUGCAUUUGAUCAUGCAAUUGAUUGCUACAAAACCUGCACCUACUCCAGCUGGAAUUCGUUUUGUUUCACUUGGGCUCUGUAUGUUAAUUGCCUGUCCAUCAUUAAUACUUAAUUCACAGUUAGAAUCAAAAGCAAUAGAAUGGAUGCAAUGGUUAGUAAAAGAGGAAGCAUAUUUCGAAAGUAAAUCUGGUGUUUCAGCGUCAUUUGGUGAAAUGCUACUUUUAAUGGCAAUUCACUUUCAUAGUAAUCAAAUAUCUGCCAUUGCAGAAUUAGUAUGCUCAACACUUGUUAUGAAAAUCCCAAUAAGACAAAAUAAUACAACCAGAAUGAAACAAAUAUUUACACAGGAUUUAUUUACUGAACAAACUGUUGCAGCUCAUGCUGUAAAAGUUCCUGUAACAUUAAACUUAAAUGCAAAUAUCCCAGGUUAUUUACCUGUACACUGUAUACACCAGUUAUUAAAAUCACGAGCAUUUUCAAAACAUAAAGUUACAAUUAAAUCAUGGAUUUUAAAACAAAUAACAAAUUGCACAAUACCAUUGCAUCCAGUGAUGCCGGCUUUGAUAGAGGUGUAUGUGAAUUCGUUGAUUAUGCCACAUUCACAAAAUACAACAUUACCAAGUGUUGGCAAUCCUGCAGGAGUAGCUGCUGCCGCAGCCGCUGCAGCGGCUGCUGCUGCUACUUCUGGAACGACAAAAACAAGUAAUGCUGAACACCUACACAAACCAUUAUCAGAAAAUGAAAUUCUAAGAGUUUUCCGGAAUUCAGUUGUCGGAAUACAUUUAGAUUCAAGAAAGCGUAUAUAUUCAAUUGAUUCAUUGCAUGAUUCGAGUAUGACUGACGUCGCUUUAGCUGCAACAAGUAUUGACAUAAAAAAUGAACCAGGAAACGCGCAAACAACAGGGAAUGUCGGAACACCUCAUGAGCAUAGUGAAAAUACGGGAACUGAAACCAUAUCUAGUAUCACAUCACAAUUGCUAAUAUUAUAUUACUUAGUUUUAUAUGAAGAUGUUAGAUUGGCUAACAUGCCAAACAUUAUUAUGAAUGGUAGAAAAGUAAAGGCAUAUUCGACGGAAUUUUUAUCAGAGUUACCUAUUAAAUAUUUACUUCAACAAGCUCAAAAGCAUCAACACGAAUAUGCAGGUCUAUUUCAUCCUCUGUUACGACUUCUGAUUACACAUUUUCCUCAUUUAAGUUUAGUCGAUGAUUGGAUCGAAGAAGAUAGUGUAUUAAUUUCUUUAGCAAAUGUAUCCAAAUUUUCUAAGAUACACGAACAGCAAUUAGCGGAAGCAUUUGAUGAAAUGCAUCUAUGUCCUUCAAAAAUUAUUAAAUUAUUACGAUUAAUGUUGAGAAAACCACCAACAGAUAUUUGGGGAUUAGCCCAAACAUUUGUGGCAAAUAUUAAAAAAGUUUUAGAAAUUCAAGUACCACGUUUGAUACAAGAACUUUAUAGAAGGGUGUGGAUGCGUCUAAAUACAGUAUUACCCCGCCGCUUAUGGACGAUGACCAUAAAUGCUUUGAUGCCUGCCGACGCAAUUUUUUCCAAGUUUUCUUUGACCCAUGAAAAUUUAUUACUUGAUCCGUUACACAUUCUAAGAUGUGAUGAACGCGUAUUCCGCUGUCCAGAUGCUCUUAUAAUUGUAUUACGUAUUUUACAAGCAAGUUUGGCAGCUUCAAAAAGUCAAUUAACACGUCAUACGCAAGAUAAACCGAUUUUAGAUAAAAACGGUCAAUUACAAAAUGAAAUUGAACGUGACGAAUUAAAAACGGCAUUAGUGGCAUGUCAAGAAAGUGCUGCAGUCCAAAUUUUAUUAGAAGCUUGUUUAGAAAGCGAUGAUGAUAAAAUGAGACCGGGACGCGAGUGGGCAUUGAGAGAAAUUCGCGGCAUUGUGUGCUCAUAUAUUCAUCAAGUAUUUAUUUCUGAACCAUCACUUGCUAAAUUAGUACAUUUUCAAACAUAUCCAAGACAACUUUUAAGUACUACAGUACGUGGAAUACCAUCAAUGCAUAUUUGUUUAGAUUUUUUAAUAGAAAUUUUAGCAACACCAGAAAUGGAAAAACAAAUUUUUAUAAUAGAUUUGACUUCACAUUUAUCAUUACAAUAUGCAUUACCAAAAAGUUUAGGUAUUGCUAAAUUUUGUAUAAAUACCCUUUCAACAUUAUUAGGUUUAUUAACAUCAGAUGCUAGAAUUGAAAUGUUUCGUACAACAUUACCGUGUAUAAUUAGAUUUGCUGAGGCUUUUCCAUUAAUUUUGGACGAUUGUGUUACAUUUUUAGUACAGCUUGGUCGUAUAGCUCAUUCACAAGCAACACUUCAUGUUGAUGCAAUUACAGCUCCAGUUGUUUCACUUCAGCCUGGCUCUAAAGUAAGAACGAAAGCAACUAGAAUUUUAUAUGCAUCAAAUUUAUUAGAGGAAGUAAGAGAAACUUUUUCAAAAAUGGUAGAAGAAGCAGUUUUAAAACCGAAAAUUUAUUAAAUUUUUUUUUUUAAUUUUUAUUUUAAAUAAAAUUAAUGUAAUAAAAAUUAACAAAAAAAAAAAUUAUAUAUUUUUUAAGGAAAUUUGUAAAUCUACUUGUAUAUUAUAAAUGUAGUUAGGAUUAAUGAGUUUGUAAUUAAAGAAAAAGACAACUUUAAAAUAUAA